AUGGAGGCUGUCUCACGGGUAUCGCUCAGGAUGUGCCCAUUCUUACGCAAGACAUCGCCUGCUACCCUGAGGUCGCUGUCGACCAGCACACAGGUGCAUCAUGGCUCCCUGUCGAAGCUCCAGGCCAUUGCCAGUCGCUGUCCCAUCAUGGACAAAGCAUUGGCCGUGCAGAGUGUAAGGGCUGGUCGACAACUCUCUAGCACUUUAGGGACUACCCGAGCAUAUCACUCCCAUAUGGGUCACACUCGUCUGGCACAUUCUCACUCGGGUUUCAGCAGCGGGACCCCCUUCGAUUAUGAAGCCUUUUACCAGCGAGAGCUGGAGGCAAAACACAAGGACAAUUCCUAUCGAUACUUCAACAACAUCAACCGACUGGCCAAAGACUUUCCGUGCGCACAUAUGGCUUCCCCUGAAGACAAAAGAGUAACUGUUUGGUGCUCCAACGACUACCUUGGCAUGAGCAAGAAUCCUCAUGUCCUCCAGAAGAUGCACGAGACUCUCGACACGUAUGGUGCCGGCGCAGGAGGCACCCGCAAUAUCUCCGGCCACAACCAGCAUGCUGUAAAACUUGAGGAAACUCUUGCUCGUCUUCACCGGAAAGAAGCCGCUCUAGUCUUUUCCUCCUGUUAUGUGGCCAACGAUGCUACGCUCGCCACGCUUGGGAGCAAAUUACCAGGCUGCGUGAUUCUCUCCGACAGCAGCAACCAUGCUUCGAUGAUCCAGGGUAUUCGGCAUUCGGGCGCUCGAAAGAUGAUCUUCCGCCAUAACGAUCUGGUAGACCUUGAGGCAAAGCUCGCCUCUCUGCCUCUGCAUGUCCCUAAGAUCAUUGCCUUUGAAAGUGUCUAUAGUAUGUGUGGCUCCGUGGGUCCAAUUGAACAGAUCUGCGACCUAGCAGACAAGUACGGCGCUAUGACCUUUCUCGACGAAGUCCACGCCGUCGGCUUAUAUGGACCUCAUGGUGCAGGUGUAGCCGAACACCUAGACUAUGAAUCCCACGCGAAAGGCAUCACGACUGAGAAAACUAUAAUGGACCGGGUCGACAUUAUUACCGGCACGCUCGGCAAGGCCUAUGGCUGUGUGGGUGGCUAUAUAGCCGGCUCCGCGAAGAUGGUCGACACCAUUCGUUCGCUGGCACCCGGUUUUAUCUUCACGACCUCUCUUCCGCCUGCCACGAUGGCCGGCGCCCAGGUCUCCGUCGAGUAUCAGAUGUCCCACAACGGGGACCGCCAGCUUCAGCAGCUGCAUACCCGUGCUACAAAGGCUGCAUUGCAGGCCAUCGGGAUCCCCAUCAUUCCAAACCCAUCCCAUAUCAUUCCGGUUCUGGUUGGCAAUGCCGAGCUGGCCAAGCGUGCUUCCGACAUCCUGCUGAAUGAUUGGGGAAUUUACGUCCAGGCCAUCAACUAUCCCACUGUUCUCGUCGGCGAGGAAAGACUCCGCAUCACCCCUACCCCAGGCCAUGUGAACGAAUACCGCCAGCAUCUGGUCACGGCUCUAGAUGCGGUCUGGUCCGAACUUGGUAUCCGGAGGACUGAGGGUUGGGCUGCCCAGGGAGGGUUCCUUGGAGUUGGUCAAGAUCACACGGGUAACGAACCACUGUGGACAGAUGCCCAGCUUGGUUUAGAGGUCCUCACCCCUGAUGUGCAGGGAGAUUCCUUUGGUUUGAAUCAUUCCGAAACUUCUUUCGAUAUGGAACACAUGGAGGUUGCUGGGGGCAGUCCUAGCGCAGUAGGCCAAGCUCUUUAA